GUGUCCUGACGCCAACUCAUGUUCAACACUUGCACACACACCUGCCUAGCCCUCUUCUCUCUUCUUUCUAUAUAAUCUCCCACGCACUCUCCUCCACCACCAUCCCCAUAAACUCCUGCUUUCUCUCUCAAUCCAACGCCACACCUCCCCACAUUUCUUUGCUUUCUUUCUCGGCUACCUGGUUGCAGUCUCAGACAACUUCUGCUUACGUUUACUCACCAGCUUUAGUCUACAAUUGUUGGCAAGCCAGUAAGAUGAUGGUUGACAGAGAAGAUUUGGGUUUGAGCCUGAGCUUGAGUUUUCCUCAAAAUUGCCAUUCUUUGCAGCUCAAUCUUAUGCCUUCGCUGCUCCCAUCUUCUGCUAAUUCUCUUAAACCUUCAUGUAAUAACACCUUCCCUUCUUCAGAUCCAAACUCUGAUUCGUGCCGCGCCGACGCGAGAUCUUUCCUACGAGGAAUCGAUGUGAAUAGUCUACCAUCAACAGUCGAUUGCGAAGAGGAAGCGGGUGUCUCAUCACCGAACAGCACGAUAUCGUGUGCAAGUGGAAAGAGAAGCGAAAGGGAAGGAAAUGGAGAUGAGCUGGAGAUGGAUAGAGAUUGUUCUCGUGGAAUCAGCGACGAGGAAGAUGGAGACAACUCAAGAAAGAAGCUCAGGCUCUCUAAAGAUCAGUCUGCUAUUCUUGAAGAGAGUUUCAAAGAGCACAACACCCUCAAUCCAAAGCAAAAGUUGGCAUUGGCUAAGCGGCUGGGCCUGAGACCCAGACAAGUGGAGGUGUGGUUUCAGAACAGACGGGCAAGGACCAAAUUGAAGCAGACAGAAGUAGACUGUGAGUUCUUGAAGAGAUGCUGUGAGAAUCUAACUGAAGAAAACAGACGGUUGCAGAAAGAAGUUCAGGAACUGAGAGCACUGAAACUUUCCCCACAGUUCUACCUGCAAAUGAAUCCACCCACCACCCUCACCAUGUGCCCCUCAUGUGAGCGUGUUGCUGUCCCACCUUCAUCCGCAUCAUCAACCGUAGAUCGGCCUCAUCCUCUGCCCCAUCCACAUAUGGGCGCCACGUACCACCACAGGCCCAUCCCCAUGAAUCCAUGGGCCCCAGCGGCGGUCCCGUUUUAUGGGCUGCGUCCUCGGUCGUGAUUAAGAAUCACAAGCAAGGACAUUUUGGUGAAUGUAAGAAAUUUGUAUGUAUAUUAAUGAUCCUGUAUGUUGGAAUGUCAAAUGUGUAGUAUAUGAAGGGGGCAGAAGAUGAAAGAACUGAUGCAAAUUUGCUGUGUUGAAAGUUAGGUCUGAGAUAUGGUGGGUGUAGGGGUGAUUUGGUGGGUCUGCAUGUUUUGUAUUAUUGACCCAGCAAUCUCCUUUUGAGGAGUGUUGACAUGUAAUUAAUUUAAUUUUUUUUAGCGCUAAA